AUGACUGAACUCAUUCCAGCUCUCAGCGGCAAGAUGAUGAAGAGCUCCGAAGACGAAAUUGGGUACAAGAAGGGCGACCUCUGUGUCACAAUUCCGCCCCUUUCACAUUCUGCUUUGGCACAGAAUCGUCUGGUGUACAAGGACCUGUCUCAGGUCCUUCCGCCAUCCGACCAGUUGCGAUCUGGAGGGUUCGUGCCAUCCGCCUUCAAGGACGAAGUGGUCCUGCCCCAGAACACAUUCCCGAAACUACCCACCGACAUCGUGGUUGCACAUGCCAACUUCGUCCAAGGCGGCUGCAUUCUCGCCAUCGACAUGAAUCAUUACUGCCUUGAUGGCAUCGGGUUUGUCAUCGCGCUCAAAGCUUGGACCGAGAACUGUAGAUAUCUACAAGGCGACAACUCCGCAACAUGCGAUUGGUACGACCCGGAGAGCUUCAACCAUAGUCUACCAGAAAUCCUCCAUGAGCAAGAAGGGUACUCCCGACCAGCUGACGAAAUACAUCCUAGGACAUGGGGAUUUCUACCGUUUUUCCCUCUCGAGGUACCAUCUGAGAGUCGGAGAGACGAUAUACUCAAAACUGAGAAAUCUUGCCUCCCCCCGGCCCCUGAUUUCCCUCUGCACCCGGUCUGGCCAUUACUUCGCGCGAAGAGAGAGAUGAACACGACCAUGUUCUUGAUCUCUCCCGAUAACGUGCAGAGGCUUAAACAAGAAGUGAUGGCCGACCCAGAGGCCAAGGGGGUGAUAACCUCCCUCAGUGACAUCGUCCAAGCUUUCUUCUGGCGCUCUGCGAUCAAAGCACGAUAUCGCGUGGCCAAGUAG